CCGGCUGCUCCCUCCGCCAGCAGACCGGCUCGCAGACGAGCCUGCUGCACCGCUGCGCAGCUGCACCACGGCGGCAGCCCGCCCGCCCGCCUCCAACCUCGCCCCCAGCCUCAUCACCUCGAGCGACCCUCGCACCCCGACUUCCCGCACGCAUGGCGCACCGGGCGUCGUUCACCGUCCCGCACACGCCCGAGGCGAGCCAGUACCGCCGACCGGGCGACGUGUCGAUCUCGGUCUCGGCGGGCGAGCACACGGCCGCGUCGUGGGCGCGAGGGAGCUGGCGCACGGCGGCGGCGGCAGGGGACCCGUUCGCGGCGGCGUGGGGCGGGCGCAAGGGCGGCAGGGGCAAGGCGGUCGCACUCGGAUGCGUCGUACUGCUCGGCUGGUUGGGCCUCGUUCAGCUCCGAGAUGGUGCACACAACGCGCCUAUACCGUGCGACCCAUUCGAGCGACCAGGCCGACUGCUCGUCAACCUCUCGCCGCUCGACACGCACUGGCGCCCUCUCGACGACACCGCCUGCCCUCCUUUACCCGCCUACCUUCCUGCCCUGCACGAGCUCGUCCUCGGCGACACCCCCUCGACCUCGCAGCACCACCACCCGCUCAACCCAAAGCAGCUGCAGCUCGUCGCGGCCGACCCUCUUCCUCCCCUCGCCGCAUCCUCCCCACCCGUCGACGCCCUCUCCUUCCUCCGCUCGUCUCGAUCACGCCCUCCGACCGUCCUCCUCCUCGGCGACUCGACAGACGACGACGCCCUCGACCACUUCUGCCGCCUGUUCGACCACCGCUCGGCGAUCUCGUUCUCGCCGCGAGGCGGCAGCGACCCUCGCCUCGACGACUUCCUCGUCGCGUCAGAAGGUGGCGAAGAGACGAGUCGGGCCCGAGGAGAGCUGCGCAGCUGCGAGCUGCUGAGGGCGGACGGGCGUCGGACGGCUGUGCGGGUGCUCGGCGCCCGGUUCGACGCGUCGCGGGUCGGCGAGCUACCGCUCGCGGCGCUCGAGGCGAUGGGAGGAGCAGAGACGGUGGACGUCGUCGUGGUGCACAGUGGGACAAUGAGCCAGGAGGAGGACGGCAGCUCUGCACGCUCGCAAGCCGUCUUGCCGCAGCAGCUCGAGCGAGGUACAGCCGACCAGCGGCGCUCCCUCAAGGCCAUCCGCCAGAGGUUCCCGAACGCGCGCAUCGUCGUGCGACUGUCGCAUCGGCCGCAGGACGAGGGCAAGAGCACCAACCUCAACUUGGCAGUACAGCAGCUCAGGCACCUGCAGCGCGAGGUGGCUCAGUCUGAAGGCGUCCCCGUGUUUGACUUUGGCCGCCUCGUCGAGGGCUACCAGUUCCUGCAGGACGGCGAGCACCUGUCGCUCAACCCGGGCGGCGUCGUGUACGCCCAGGCGGUCGUGCACCAGCUCAGGCUCGCGCUUGAGCGGCGGACGAGCUGGAGGAGAGGGUGGCUGUGGAACUCGUGAGCGACGCGGCGUCUGUGCGUGAGAUGUAGACGAGGCGCAGUGCAGCCGUGUUUCGCGCUCG